CAAGCAAAUAAUUAUUAGAUGAGCGCACCUUUGGGGGUAGGGAGCGGUAGGUAGCGUUGUAGGCCGAGGCCGACAGACAGCCUAUCUCAGUGUCAGCCAACAAGAAGGCCUGAUACUAGUCAACUUGUAUAAUGAAUAUACCAUGUACAAUGUAAUGGGGUCGUCUUGACAUUAUUAUACUGAUUUAAAUAAUUGUUUAUGCAGAAAACAAUUCGUAAGAUGUUACAAACCAAGGAAAUCGUAAUCAAUCUUGUGUUUUGUUUACUAUUAUUCUAUUCUGUAUUCUACAUGAUAGCAAGUCUAAUGCAUGGAAUCUUUGUUUUAGAUGACUUUGAUGGAAAGAUACCCUUCAAUGUUGACAGUUUUGAAAGCAUGUUCAGCAAUGCAACAUUAACAUGGAAUGAUAAAAUAUUUCUUGCUGAUUUUCUGUCCUUGGAAUGCACAUGUUUGAUAGUUCCUUUGACUUUUGUUGUGCUACUACAUGAGAGGCUCUGGGACUUUGCUGCUACUACAGUUCUCAUACAUGUUAUUAUAGUGUGUAUUGUGAACUUAGCCUUGCCAGUAUGGGAAUGGUGGGUUUGCAUUAUUAUUGGCACGAUCUUUAUGAUCAUCCUUGCGGAGUCUCUCAAUGCUUGCUUUCGAAGAAGUUCAAGCAAAGAAACAAUUGAUAAGAACAAAGAAAAGUGAGAUAGCAUUCUUAAUUGAUGGAUCAAGAAACAUGUGUUUGACAACUGAUGUCUUGUGGAGAAUGUUGGUUGUUCCUACUGUGCCAGUGUUACCUACCACAGCAACUUUGCCAAUGGUACUUUUUCUGACAAUGGUUACCAAUCAACCAUCCAAUUCAAUUAAGACAGAAUUUUAUAGGUGAUCAUUAAUAUAGAAGAUUUUGGAUCAGGUCUGCAGAUCAGGUAUACAUUUUAUAUUGUGGCAUUUAAGCCUUGACGUAAUUAUGGGGAAUCGAUCCAGGUGAGAGAAUUUGUAAGAUAAUUUGGAAGUUUCUAUGAAUCUACAGCACAGUACUGUGUAUAGAAUUGUGUAACGAUGGACAUGAAAAAAAUGUGACGACAACAACUUUUUAAUUGUACAGUACUGAGAUGAGAAAUACCUCUAGCACAGUUGUGCUUUGCCAAAACCGAGUGGCUGGCAGUAUGCAAUAAAAGGGAAUAUGGCAAAACUAAGAAAGACCAAAGGAAGGAAAGAUGUGUGAUUCAAAGAUCCAAUGAUGCAAAGUCAUACAGACAAAAACAAAUUCAUCAUUAACAGGUUGCUAGUAUAACUUUGGGCCUACUUGAGAGGAAAAUUUAGUUAAUAAAUAAAAUUACCAUCAAUUUAGAUAAUGUGUUAAUUAUGUUACUUUGUGCUUUAAUAAUGGGCAUUAAUGUAUCAUGAUUAUUUCUCUUUAAAUUCUUUUACAAAAAAAAAAACAAAAAAAAAAACAUGAUUUUUCUGUGUGCCCAUUUUUUAUAUAUGCAAUACAAAUAGUUUGAAUUCAUUUUUGUGACCUCUUUCAACUCUGUUAUUUUUUUCUUGUAUAAUUACUGUUAGUGCAAUUUUAAAUUUUAUAUAGAGAUAAAUUAAAUUAAAUUACAUCAGUUCCCAAUACAUGGGUUGAUAUCUGUUUUAUAUAGGGGUGGUGGCAUAGGAGUAGGGGGUGGGCUGAGCGUUGGUAACAUUAUUAACCGUUAGCUAUAAUGAUGUUGCAAGGGUUGCUACCAAUGGAUCGGUGUUUGAAGAUUAUAGAGUACCACAGUCGUGUCAUCACAACGCCAGGUGGCACUCUCUGUUGUCAACAGACGUAGGCUACCGUUCAUUACGCCUGAAUGACUGCAUAGGCUUUGUGGAAUAGGCAUUUUAAAAUCUA